AUGAAAUUCCUGUGCGUCGCUGUUUGCCUUACCGUGAUGUGCAUUGAAUCACUAGCACAAAACAAUCAAUAUCUGCCCCCAGACAAAGGUUAUGCUUACGACAAACCGAAUCAGCCAUUCCCAUCUUCCCCUCAACCUCAGAAUGUUCCGCGACCACAGCCCACUCCUGGUCGUCCGGCACCAUCUUAUGGUCCUCCAGCUCAGGAUGAUCACCAUCACGAACCUGGAAUGCCUUUCGAUUUUCAAUACAAUGUGAAUGACAUUGAAACCCAAAAUGAUUACUCUCAUAAGGCGGUAAGUGACGGUGACGUGACACGUGGCGAGUAUCGUGUCCAGCUUCCUGAUGGACGUACGCAAGUUGUGCGCUAUACUGCCGAUUGGAAGAAUGGGUACAAUGCUGAGGUAUCGUACGAAGGGGAAGCCAGAUAUCCUGAAGGCCCUGGUCAGGGUGGUGCCAAUGCAGGUGGAUACAAAUACUAG